AUGGAGGGAGUCCUCAAGUCCAUGAAGCACGAUGGAAGGAUCCCUCGCAUCCCUGAUGAAGUAGAGCGCUCACUCCAAUAUUCCGGUCCACUGCUGCCUCUUCCCGCUAUCUCGCAGCGUCUUUGCGCCAAGAUGAUGGCAAACACCUUCUCAUACGCGCUGCUCCACAGCGCCCCUCGCAGACCUUUACUGAAGAGGAGAUGUCUUAGUGAUACCUCGGACCUGUUUGCCAUGAUCGAGAGGAUGCAGGGUUGCAGGAUGGACGAGCAGAGAUGCCCCCUCCCUCCACCCCUGAAAACAGAAGAGGACUACAUCCCCUAUCCCAGCGUUCAUGAGGUUCUUGGUCGCAGUAGCCCAUUCCCACUUAUCCUACUGCCCCAGUUUGGAGGCUACUGGAUUGAGGGGACCAAUCAUGAGCCUCGAGAGACUCUGGAGACAGAGCAACCUAUAUGCCCCAACUCUUAUGUCAAGCUAGAGACCAAUAGCACCGCCAAGAUCUACAGGAAGCAGUUCAUGGGCAAAGAGCACUUUAAUUACUACACCAUAGACACCGCCCUGGGCCACUUGGUCUUCUCAUUAAAGUACGAUGUCAUCGGGGAUCAGGAGCAUCUGUGCUUGAUGCUGCGCUCCAGGCUAAGAACCUACCAUGAUGUCAUUCCCAUUUCCUGCCUCACAGAGUUCCCCAAUGUUGUACAGAUGGCUAAGCUUGUGUGUGAAGAAGUAAACGUGGAUCGCUUUUAUCCAGUUCUCUACCCAAAGGCUUCACGCCUCAUUGUUACGUUUGACGAGCACGUGAUAAACAACAAUUUCAAGUUCGGGGUUAUUUAUCAAAAGUUUGGUCAGACCACAGAGGAAGAAGUCUUCGGGAAUAUGGAGGAAAGUCCGGCUUUCGUAGAGUUCUUGGAGUUUCUAGGCCAGAAGAUUGAACUGCAUGAUUUUAAAGGAUUUCGAGGAGGCCUCGACGUCACCCACGGCCAAACAGGGACGGAAUCAGUUUACACCAACUUUCAUGGCAAGGAGAUCAUGUUCCACGUCUCCACUAAGCUGCCUUACACUGAGGGUGACUCACAGCAGCUGCAAAGGAAAAGACACAUAGGCAAUGACAUUGUCGCCAUCGUAUUCCAAGAAGAGAACACACCCUUUGUACCCGACAUGAUCCAGUCCAACUUCCUGCACGCCUAUGCGGUGGUCCAGGUAGAGGACGCGUGUACAGAUAAUGUCACCUACAAGGUGUCAGUGACGGCAAGAGACGACGUGCCCUUCUUUGGGCCAGCUCUGCCUGACCCGGCCAUCUUCAAAAAGGGCCCAGAACUUCGCGAGUUUCUAUUCACCAAGCUCAUCAACGCUGAGUAUGCUUGCUACAAGGCGGAGAAGUUCGCCAAGCUGGAGGAGCGCACACGUUCAGCCCUUUUGGAGACACUGUACGAAGAGCUGCACAUCAACAGCCAGGCCAUGAUGGGCCUAGGUGGGGACGAAGAUAAGCUGGAGAACGGCGGCGGUGGAGGAGGAGGCGGCUUCUUCGAGUCGUUCAAGCGGGUCAUCCGCAGCAGAAGCCAGUCAAUGGAUGCCAUGGGACUCAGUAGCAAGAAGUCACACACAGUCUCCACUAGUCAUAGUGGCAGCUUUACCCACAAUCUGGCCGAGAGCCCCAAAACACCCGGCAUUUCAUUGCUCGUGCCGGGGAAAAGUCCCGGUAAAUACGGCCGGCGAGGCAGCGCCAUAGGGAUAGGAACAAUAGAAGAGUCGCUGAUCAUUCCGGGGAAAAGCCCCACCAGGAAAAAGUCAGGACCCUUCAGUUCCCGGCGGAGUAGCGCCAUCGGUAUCGAAAACAUCCAGGAGGUCCAAGAGAGGAGCCGAGACGUGUCACCGUGCAACCAAAGGACAUCCGACAGCGCCCUUGUCUCCCAGGAAAAUAGAUCGGACAACUCGUCCAAUCACAGCUCUCCUGAGUUUGCCCCUGCCAAGAACAGCUUGGUCAUGUGUUGCAGGGCGCCGUCUAUCCCGGAAGCUCAGGAUCUUUCCCGUUCCUCAUCCAAUGCCAGCAGCUUCGCCAGCGUAGUGGAGGACCACGAAGCCGACGAUGAGUACGACACUGGGCGGGAAAGUGCGUCGGCCACAACGCCACACAAGAGAGAUUCGCUAGACGAUGGGUCACUUAGUAUGAGUCAUGCUGGCUUCACAUCGUCACGACCCGAGUCGAAAGCCGCAGACGGCCGUUCCAGGUCGGAGCGCCCGCCACUGGAACACAAGUCCUCGGUAUAA